AUGAAGUUUCAGAAAAAGAGAAAGAGAUCGAUUAAGAAAUCGCCAAAAGCCCGAGGUGCUCCAUCCCACUCGACAAAUACCACCAAAGAGGGUGAGACGGGAGACUCACGUCCCGAGAGCUCAGGAGGAUACAGCACCCCUCCACCUGGCGUGAACCCCGAAACAUCGAUACGAACUGUUCGGGUACCUCAACUUCAGGCCCUACCAGAGGGUGUACCCCCUCCCCCGACAGCGCUGGAGACAGAAGACUACUACGUGGUCGGGCCUAUGCAACGACUGGUCAAGCAACUUGCUGGUGCGCUGGAGUACACAAAGUGGAACUGUUUUGAGGUCCUUCGCAUCGGAAGCGCACGGCAAGAACGUCAGGUGAAGGUCCUGGUUAUAGUUGAGGCUGAUUCUACGACUUGGUCGCAUGCCUGGGUUGUCGCAAGGAUGUGCAGGGGUAUCUUGAGAGAUUUCGACAUUACGGAUGUUGAGGUUGAGGUUCAGGAGUGUACCGGUUGUUGGGCUAUCGCGAGGAUACGAGAGUCAGUGGGACCCGAGGUUACUGUACAAGAUUGUCCCAUUUGUCAUUGA